CCCAGCCCCAGACGCGUCUGGGGUGUCCGCGGGUUUGGUAUACGCGAAAAGUUUGCCAUAUACUCUACCGCCUCUCAAAAGUUUAUUGUUAGGGGUUGGUCAUUUGUACCCAUGAAAUGUUGUUGGAAGAUGUAAUGUUACAAGAUGGUCAUGCCUCACCUGUCACUGCACCGCCAAAUCAAGCUCGGGAGCGCCGGGCACCUCAUUUACCUUUCCGGCGGAUAUCCAUGAACUAUGUUCCAAAGGUCGUUUUUCCAACAUCCACUUCCAAAAGGUCAUCUGUAACGAGUGUUUUAUCCACUGCAUCUCUCCCCGAACGUCCAAGUGAGCGUCGGGGUUCUCUUGACUCUCUGUGUUCACCCACGUCGCCGGGGUCAUUGUUGCCGAGUCAACAGAAGGGCAACAGACCUAUGUCUUCCUGGAGCUUAGGGUCAAUCGAACUUGACUCGAGGAGCCGAGGUUCGGCUGUCAAUGUCCGAGCCAGACACGCCUCUCGACCUAAACCGAGUCCAAAUCAGUCUAAGUGUCAUCAAGCUGCAGAGAUUAAAAGGAGGAAGGUCAUGUUUGAGCUCUGGGAGACGGAAACUUCUUAUGUCCAGGGCCUCGAUCUUAUCUAUUGCAAUUUUCUGACUCCCUUAGUGGACUCGCUUUCCAGAACAGAUCAGCUGCUUUCUCCUGAAAAUUUAAAUGCGAUAUUCUCAAACUUUGUCGACAUUUGGAACCUUCACCUGUCCUUCCAAUCUGAUCUGGAUGAACUAUUUAAGCAUAGCGCGAGCACCUCGAGCAGUCCAGCUAUUGCAGGGCCUGACAAUACAUCCCCUCCACCCCAAGCUCGUCACCCACCAGAAACAGUCACGAACGACACGCCUGAUUUUCACGACUUUAUACGAAUCCUUCUAUCUCAUUUCCCAUAUUUGUCCAUGUAUAAUCCCUUUGUGACAUCAUUUCCGCACGGAAUAUCUCUCCUCACUACUUUAUCUACCGCCCAUCGCUCCAACAAUUCUAAUUCGGAGGUCAUUGGCCAGAGAGGUUUCGACCCCAAGUUCGCAGCAUGGCUGCGGAAUAAGGAGGCAGAGCCUGUCUGCCGAAAACUCAAACUUCGCGACUGGAUGCUGACUGUCGUUCAGCGUUGCCCUCGGUAUUUGCUUCUAAUUAAGGACCUAAUAUCCUGCACAAACGAGAAGGAUUGCGCAUAUACAGAUCUCCUGGCAGCAGAUACACUUUUAUCCAAAAUAACAAGCACCAUGAAUGAAGCGCUGAGGUCUCACGCCCAGAUACUUUCACUCCUAUCUUUGCAGCGGAAUACACAAAAUUUGCCUUUUCCUUUGAUAACUCCCGGUCGCUCCCUCCUCAAGCGUUCCACGCUUGUCAAAGUCGACCGCGGGUCUGAUCAACGCGUUCGAGAUGUUUUGCUAUUUUCUGAUGUUCUCGUUUGGUUCAGUCGCGGAGAACGCGAGGACUGGAAACUGUGGCCAGAUUGGGGCUUCACUUCCACCGAAUCCGAACCAAGGGUACCAGCGAGACAAUCGUUCGUUAUUCAGAAUUCGGGGAAACCUGUGCACCAGCGCGCUAAUGGCGUAGGUAAUGGUCUGCCAAGCUCAUGUGCUGAAAAGCCGAGGAUGGUGAGAACGAGGAGCCGUUCUGACGCGGAUGUAACCACUUCUUCUAUCAGACCACCGAAAUCGACUGGGAUCCCGGUCUCUCCUACAAUCUCGUUGUUUCGAACUGCGAGACAGGAUGAGACUCAAGAAGAACAUUGGUUUUAUCGGGGGUCAGUUGAGAUCCUUGAUGUCGACGUUGUAUCUUCGCCCGAGGACGAUUGCAUGUUCGAAGUAAUGAGCCCCCAUGAGUCUUUUGCGUUGUAUGCUGGAACUCCGGACGAGCGCGACUCAUGGGUAGAUGCUAUUCGGUCGACGAAGAUAGCAAGAAUGAGUUCCGUACAGGCAACACUACCAAACACCACCUUCACAUCUUCGACAUCCAAUAAACACAUACGUCGAUACCUUCAAGCUCUACCUUAUGAUCCAUCAUUACAACUAUCAGCAGGCACGAUGAGAGCAAAGGUGGAGCACUUCGUACCCGCCAUAUGGGUUCCUGAUCAAAAGAUGGAGACCUGUAUGAGGUGCCAGACGCGCUUUGGGUGGAGAUUAAGACGUCACCACUGUCGGCUGUGUGGGAAGGUCGUCUGUGCAACCUGUUCGACCAUGACAUUUUAUAUUCAUGAUCCCCUUAAUGAGCCUCCUGCUGCAGACCCAGCAAGGGCUUGCAACACCUGCUACGAUUCUGUCUUCCCGGUCCUAGAUCAGAAUGAUUCCAGAGCCGUGAACCAACCUCGGCCAGGUAACGAAGGCGUAUUGCGCAGAUUCCACCCAUCCACCUCGAUGCCAUCGUUGGCAUUGGCCAUCACUCCGGCUACUACGUUGUUGCCAUCCGUGUCUAGUUUUAAUCUUUUUAGUUUGGCAUCUUUCCUUCGCAGCACACCUAGCCUUAUUCGACGGCAGUCAAUGCCUGGUACUCUUGAGGAAACAUCUACUCUUGCCUCUUCAAGUGGCAUGCAUACCCCUUCAGAUAAUGUGUUGGGGUCAUCCGAUGAAGUUCCCGAUGCAACAGACUCAGUCGACACCGAGACCGAUGCCUGGAGCACCAGUCAUCACUCGAGAGACUCGAUUUUCGAGGGUCCCACGGAGGACGAUACAGGUGUACAACGUCUGGCAUGGCAGAUAAGUGAAACCAAUGCGGAUCAUACAAAUGCUUCGCCACCUCGAACCCGCUGCUCCAGUUUCUCCGGACUACCCCAGGUGCCCGAAGUCCAGUCAUUCGCUGAAGACUCCACCUUCGAAAAGGUCAUGAGUCCCAUGCAAGCUACCUGUGCGACGGUACCGAAUCCUCCAGUUGAUGUAUUCGCAAGGACGGUUAGCUCACCUGGGGGGGCCGAUGACUUACCUUCUGAACCCCGAGGUCCAAAUUCAAUGAGAAGGACCUCGAUAUCUCCUUUUCCAACCAGCGGACCCCAGUUGAGUGUACAAGGCGCACCUGUCGUAUCCCAGACCCGUCCUCGUGGAGACGGAUCGCAUCGUUAUAGCCUUAUCCUUGGGAGCACAAUCCGUUCUUCCGCAACUCCAGCUCGUCGUAGUAUUCCGCCCUCCAUCGCGAACAUGGGAAAAUAUGACUCCUCGACAGAAAGUGCCGUAGUGAACAAGCUCGCCGGCAUCCUGAGUCACUACACACGACCUUGAUUGCUCCUAUCGCCACUUCUUUAUCAUAUUUAUUAUCGAUUUGUACAAGCAUUGAUUACGAUCACGUUCAUGUCCAAAUGAUGUUGUCACCCGAUCUCGUACAUUUGUUCUUGUGCUUCCACUCAUGUUCAGUCAUUAUACAAACUCUAGUCAAUUCUCAUGGGGCAUGUAGGCUGGCUCCAGUUGUAGCCCAU